AUGAACCUCCUCUCGCUAGACCUCGAUGUAGUGCACGUCAUCCUCUCCGAGGUGCAACCUACGGAUGCAUUGAGACUGUCCUUGACAUGCCGUGCUGCACACAACGUAGCGUAUCCACGGUUCCUCUCUGAGGUCGUCUUGGGGCACCCAUGGCGCCGCACGGGACCCGACCGUCUCGUCCAAUUCUGCACGUCCAUGCUCGCGGAUGCCUCCCUGCGCAUCUUUCACCUCCGCGAGCUCACCAUACACAAAACGGCCUUCCAGCCGACGCGCACCGCCCCCACCCACGGUAUCUUCGACUCCGCCGCCAUGGCGUUCCUCGCGGAAGUGCUCAAGUACGCGGUCAAUCUCCGCUCAAUAUGCAUCCACGACACCGAAGAGCUUCUCGAGACGAUGCCCGAGUUCCGCUGGCCGCUCGCGUCCUUGCCGAACCUCCAGGACGUCCGGUUCUUGCACGCGGGAACCCGCUCGCUGGACGUACUUGUCUCGUUCGGCAGCCAGCCCCGCCUGUUGGAGGUCGAUUUCUCCGGUCUGCCGACGGACAUGGAUGUCCCGCCGUCUUAUACAGACCAAGCUUUGGAGAGCCUCAUGCGAAACCUCGUCACACUCAAAUUGUCGCGCGUCGCGGGUGUGUUGCUGGUGGUCCCCGCAGAGCAUGUCUGGCCAAAAGUACAACAGCUCGAGAUCUUCGGGGACCUCCAGAGCCUCGAGACUUUCACUAAUGUCUUCCCGAACCUGCACAGCCUUAACCUGGUGUGUAGCUACGUCGAGGACGUGUUCCAACCGGUUUGCUGGCCGCACCUUGACCACGUCUCGACGUCCUGCCCCAUCCCGCUGGAAGGUCUCGUGCGCAGGCUGGACCUCACAUACGACCUCGACGUGCUCUUGGACUCGAUGCCGUACUCGGUAUGGGCACCCCGGACCAUGUCCUUGCUUCAGAGGACUCUGCCAGUCGUGCUCGCGUGCUCUCCGAACAUGCAAAUCCUGCGCUGGAUCGCGAACAUAGUGAAGAGCGUGCGCGUCCUCCAAGUGUACGCCUAUCAGCCGAUCCACCCGGACAGCGCUGGGGUAGAGGACGUAGAGACUUGGCUCGUCCGUCACCGUUUAUUCUCGCUGCUGCCUAUCGAAGACUGA